AUUUAAUCAAGUUUUCUACCACAGAUACACCAGCCAUUGACAAUGAUGUCGUGUGUUAUGCAUAGGCAGUACGAAGAAACAAAUUUGUAUAAUUCUCGCGAUGUGUACUUCCGCCCAUACAUGCGCACUCCGUCGCAUAGCUGGUAGCAGAAAUGUUUUGAUGGAAACCAAUUUGUCAUUUGCGGAAACAUAAUAUUAUCAUGUGACAGUUACCUAAUGUGCCUUUAUGCAGACUGGAUUUUCUGUACUAUCCCGCAAAUUACCAAAUCCACGAGUAAAGAAACCUGUUUGUUGAAAAAAGAUUGAGGUGUGAUGUCGUUGUUCAAGAUCCGUGAUUGGUGGUCAACAACAGUGGGAGAAGAUGAAGAGUUUGACCAGGGAUGUCUGUGUGUGGCUAAUAUUGACAACAGCAGUGAUGGCAUAGAUAAGAUCAUUUUGGGCAGUUACAAUGGCAUUCUACGUAUCUUCAAUCCUAGUCCGACAAAAAGUGAGUCAGGAUCUAGCGGGUAUAAGGCUGAGGAUGUUAUGCUGGAACAUGCAUUCCCCAACCCAAUACUCCAGGUGGAGGCGGGCAAGUUCUCAUCUGGAUCUGAAAAUCUGACAUUAGCCAUACUCCAUCCAAGAAAGAUUUCAGUGCUAGGUGUAUCAGCUAUAUCUGGCAGUGUGGGACACGGGAGCCACUACCAGAUACAGCUGCUGUAUGAACACAGCCUGCAGAGAACGGCUUUCAACUUCUGUUUUGGGCCGUUUGGUGGAGUAAAGGGACGGGAUUUUCUGUGUGUGCAAUCUAUGGAUGGAACUGUGUCAGUCUUCGAGCAGGAGAGUUUUGCAUUCAGCCGCUUCCUCCCGGGGGCCUUGUUGCCAGGCCCCAUCAAGUACAUGUCCCGCACAGACAGCUUCAUCACUGUGUCCUCCAUGAGACAGGUGGAGAGCUACAAGUACCAGGUGCUGGCUGUAGCAAGUGACUCCAGCAACAAGGAGGAGUCUCAGAACCUCAAGUCUGGCAAGAAAGUAGCUAUGGACUGGGCUUUCAACAUUGGAGAGCAGGCAAUAGACAUCUCUGUGAUAUCAUUCCAGCAGGCUCCACCAUGUGUGAUGGUGCUAGGGGAAAGGAAUUUGUUCUGUCUGACAGACAGCGGGAAGCUGCGCUAUAUGAAGAAGUUUGAAUUUGAUCCAGCUUGCUUUGUGCCUUACACAUCAAUAACGGAGGGGACCAUCAACUACAUGGUGGCAACACACACCUCGUCUCUCAUGAUCUACCAAGAUGUCACCCUCAAGUGGGCCGCCAAGAUGGAGCACAUACCUGUCCACAUAUGCACAGGAAACAUGAAAGAUCUGAAGGGUGUGGUGGUGUCACUCAGUGACUCUGGGCGGCUGGAAUGUGGUUACCUGGGGACAGAUCCUGCAAUAUUUGUCCCUCCCACGGUUGAGGCGAGGGAACUCAACUAUGCCGACAUGGAUGGGGAGAUGAGGAGAUUGCAAAAGAAAAUCAAAGAUAAUGCUCAUAAAUCUGUGAUAGUGCCAAACCUGAAAACAGAUGACGACCUCACAAUAACCAUCCAUGUCAAUCCAGCCUUAGAUGACUCCUCGAUGGCUGCAGGGGUAGAGAUUGAAAAUGAAGAUAUUGUUCCUUCCAUAACAGCAAGAAUCCAGCUGAAAUCUCGACUUCUUUUGGAUAAUGUUAGAAUUGAGAUUCACACCAACUGGCCCCUCACGGCCAACCAAACAUCUUUCACAGUUCCGUCAGUGGACCCCAAUAAACCUACAGAGUGUUUCUGUGCCUUCUUCAUGUGCGGUGCUGGCCUGCCUGCCCACCUCUCUGCAGAAGUCUCCGCCAGAUAUACAAGCGCCUCAGGAGCACCGCGAGUCAGCACAGCGAAACUGAAGCUACCCUUUAACCUGGUGGUGAAGCCAGUGUUCCCUGUCAAAGUUGCCGUCCACAAGUUGACAAUAGAUACCAACAAGCCACCAGUCAAUCUCAAUGAACUUUUCCCAGAUCUGCUGGGAGAGAAUGCAGGAGGCCAGGGUGCUGCUCUGGGCUUCCAGUUCUAUGGAGGACCUGUUGUUACUGUCCUUGCCUCAAAAACAUCACAACGAUACAGAUUACAGUGUGACCAAAUUGAAGCAUUAUGGCUGCCGAUGAGGGAGUUAGCUGGUCGACUUAGCAACCACUUUAAUCGUGCCAAAGACUUUAAGGUUUUCUUUGAUGGAGCUUUGCCGCUUCAGGAGUACUUUGAUUUGGUGGAUGUUCACUUUGAGUUUCGGUUGAGUGCUGAGAAAUGUAAGGAGGUUCUGGAGCAGAGGGCCCAGCAGUUCCGGAUGAUUCAGAAGAGAUUGCUCACCAAGUUCAAGGACAAAACUCCAUCUCCACUACAGAACCUGGACACUCUCCUGGAAGGCACUUUCAGACAGAUCAUCGCUCUAGCAGAUGGUGUGGAGGAGAAUAGACGGGCCCAGGAGGUGGCCGCCACAAACCUCAGCUCAGCUACACACUUGCUCAACUUCCUCAUCAAGAUCUGGACGGACAUGACUGAUGAUGAAUUCCAGGUCUUGGAGUCAGCGGUGUCCCCCAUAGUGAAUGAUAGUGAACAACAGGGGUGGCAGGAGAUGGUAGAUGCAGCUGUGACGCAUCUGUUGCGGACGACACUGGCCAAGUCAGCGAAGGACCAGACUGUGAACCCCUCCCCCCUUACUGUUCCACAGGAUACAACCAAAGUGAAGAAGCAUAUAGCGUUACUCUGUGAUAGACUUGGGAAAGGUGUAAGGCUUGUUGAAGGGUUGUCAGAUCGGAAAGAGCGAAAAAUGAAACUGCCUCCAUCCAACAAGAGCAUAACAGAAAAUGGAGAAACAGAUUCCUUGAUGGGCGACACAUCUGCACUGGACUCAGUUGUCAACACCAAGUACAAAGACAAGAAGAAGAAGAAGAAGCACAAGAGAGAUGAAGGGAUGAAGAACGGCCGGACGCUCAAUGAACUGGAGCCGAUGGGUCUGCCAGUCAUGGACAAACCUAAUGCAGGCAUGUCGGACAGCAGGAAACAACAACACAUUGAAGACAUGGUGCCAGACCUGGGCGAUAUGGAUGGACCAAACCUCAGCAACGGCAAUGAUGACAGCAAGGAAGUCGUCUUUGCUUUGUGAGGAUUUCAACUGUGAUAGAUGUGGAUGCUUGACAUCACCUCAAAGAAUAUGUGCCAAGAUACGAAGUGUCCAGAAAGAGAGCAGAAUGGUUAUAGUGACAGCUUAUGAUCUCAUCAGAUUAUUGUGAUAGAGUGUAUGGUUAAUGGCCAAAGAGAUCUUGUGGUCGUGUGAAAACUGUUUAUUAACCACAAGCUUGACCAUGUCUUUGGGUCUGAAAGCUUAGUUUGUGGUUUCCUAACUGGUCUUGGAAUAAUGUAUGAUGUGUUGAUGUUAAUAAUUCAACUGGUGCAGGUUAUCACAUAUUGGAAAUCCAAAGCCUCUUGCCCAAUUUUGAUGUGGACUGACAUUGAAGGCAUUGAUUUUCAAACUGUGAAUGACAAAGAUUUAGAAAAUCCACCCACCUAAUGUAGGGCAGGUUUUGAAACUGUUUGCCAAUUGUACCAAUCUAUGUCUUAUUAUGCAUGUGUUGCAUCAAUGGGUGCCAAGCCGGGGUUCGGAGCUUCAUGGUGUCUAGAUGCACAUUUUCUCUCGGUGGCAAUAAAACAAACACAUCUCAGUUUGAUGACUUCCCAGAAGAUGGCAAUAAAUAAUUGUUGACAUGAAAUUCAAAUAUAUACUAUUUUUUAACAGAUAACUGUUGUAGAGAGAAACAGGAAAUUGUUAAAAUCUGUUAUGCACUUCAUAUAGAUCUUCAAAACAUUGAAGUCUUGAAUAUUUGUUAUUCAUUUUCUACCACGAGCAUGUUUAAUAUAUUGGCAGGACCAAGCUUGAAACUGGAGAUAAUCAAUAAUCUGUUUGUGACUUGAUGAUUUGUACCAAUAUUCUCAUAUAUGUAUGAUAUUGUUUUUUGAAAUACUAGAUUAUAAUAAUGAUUACUUCUCAGAUUUGGAUAAAUGGCCCACUGUCAGAAUGUGAUUCUGAUGUCCUGUAAAUUCUAGAUGAUUUGAGCAGUAAUGAUGUAAAAACAAGAAAUAAAAUUCAAAUUUGAUUGAUAGGUAUAUUAAAGGUUCAUUAUUUCAAACUUCUUUGUCUUCAUCAGUCAUAUUAAAAACCAUUGAAAUUGGACCAUCAUCGUUAGCAAUGUCAUUACUCUGAGAAAAAAGCAAUGAUCAUUUCACCAACAUGUUUUUUAUAACAAGCUGUGUAAUUUAUCACAUGUCAAGAUUCUGAUCUGAAUCUCAUUGUAGAGAUAUCCGUCCACAAUUUGAGUACAUUACACGUUCACAUUAUACAGAUGUGGAUAUAAAGUUACUAAUCCUCAUUGUCUUUAUAUUGAUUUUGGUGUUUUUAAAGAUGAUGUUAGAAGAUAAUGACAAUGUUAUCUUUAUGAUGCUUUGAAUCAUAUAAUUUGUUAGGAUUUUUUCACAGCCACAAAACUCAUCUUGUACAGGUUCCUUUUUGGAAUGAGGAAUGUUUUUGCUAUUUUAGUUUAUUAAUUAUUUUGUAGGCAAUCAUUCCUUUAUGUUCUACUACAAAUUGCAAGUGGUUAUGCAUCUUCCUGAGGUAAAGGAGUUAACUGAAUAUACCAGUCCAGUUUCAACCCACGCUGAACUAGGCUUGAGUUAUGUUUUGGCUGGACUAACGAGUCUGCAUAGUCCAAUCAAAAUCAUGUAAGAAAUCAACAUCUGUUUCAUAAACAACAUGGCGACUGCUGUGUAGAUUUCGGUCAGCCUUUGUACCGUCAGCUUAGUGUCAGCAGAUAGUUUCCAAUUCCUUUCAUGUUUUUAAUCAAAGUGCUCUUGUGAUUUGAUGCACUUCGCAAUGUAAGAACCGUGUUAUUACAAAAUAAAACUUGUACAAGCCGGUGGCGCUUCGAUCAGGCCCAUAAACUCCAGUCUAGUUCAGCAAGGAUGGAAACUGUUUGUUUACAGUCAGAUAACUCCUUUGCCUUGGGAAGAUGGUGGUUAUGACAAAUGUGUACAUAAUGAUCACUGUAUGUACCUGCUGUAUAAUGCCACAAUUUUAUUAUAUUUAUAAGUUGGAUUGUAUUUUCAUAUGUCAUAUAUUGCUAUUGGUUGUUGAAUCUUGUAAAUAGGGUGCAUUUUGAAUGUGUGUUUUUGUGUCAGAAAUGUUUAUCAACUGAGCUUACUUAUGGUCAGAUGGUGAAGCAGGGUUUAUGAGGGAACAAUUGUUUCCGAUGACUGGUUGUUGAUGAACAUGUCUGUAGGUCUACAGAUGCAUUUGAUGCUUGUAUCCAGUUCCAUAUUCAUGUUAUCAAUUGUCAUAUACCAAGCCCACAGAUCUUUUGUAAUUUUCAACCAGUUUCACUGAUGGCGACUGAUAUGAUUAUGUUUACAUUCUGGUUUCUUCUUCAUGAAGUGCAUUUUCUAACCCUGUUAUCUAUAAUGUCUGCAUUUUUGUCAUUGUAUAGAAUUUUCGGUUUCAAGUAUUUCAUGAUAUUUUCAUGUGUUCUAUGUGCAUAAUCUGAGGCAGUGCAUUGAAUAUUUCUUUCAUUGUUAUCUGGACAGAUAUUAUGUACCAUUGAUUAUAUUAUCAUUUUUCUCUUUAUCAAAGAUGAAAAUAAUGUUAGAGGUUUGGAACUGUGCAUAAAGUAAUAUAAAACUUUCCUUAAACAUUGGAUAGAUGUGUUAGAUAUAUAGAUUUCCAAAAUUCCUCUUCAUAGUAAUGAAUUAUUUAUAUAUUAUGUCAUGUAUCGGUCACAAGUGUGCAGUUUGUUUUUGCACAUAUAACAGUAGUGUAGUAUUUUCAAGAGAAAUAUUGAUAUCUGUUUUGACAAUAUACACAAUCUGGACCAAAUGUCCAUGGAACAGAAAUGGUUUCCAUUUUCAGAAUUAAUUUUACGAAGAAUAAGAUUCUCAAGAAAGGUAAUAGUUACGGAAAAGUAUAUUAAGUUUGGUUUAGUAUUUCAGUUGUAUCACAUCCUCAACUAUAUGUUGGAGGAAAGGCCAACAGCAUGUGCAAAAGUUCAGAUUUCUGAGUUUGUCAUUAGGGUUUUUACCCACUCAGUAUUUAAAAUAACGGAAGAAAUAAAGUGCACUAUGAACUCUUGUCUGGUGAGGGAGUUAGUAACUGGUGAUCAAUAGAAUUAGUUUGGGAUGUUACAAGACAAGCACCUGUGGUUUUUAUGACAUAUGUUUCCAUUUCAUGUUGGGGUUUUAAUAUCUGUUUCAUUCGCUGAAUAAUGAUGAAAGGAAACGAUAACUUCAGAGUCUUUUGUUCAACCCCUUUAACAACCUUAUUCCUUACAUGUAAAUUUUACACAAGUCCAGAAACAUUUGUUGUUAAUGCAAGUCCCACAUAUGUAAGUUAUAAAGUAUAUUUGCAUAUUGCAGCAUAUUUAUAUGCACUUGUACAGAGCUAUGAAUGAGAAAUCAGUAUGUGUAUUUGUGAAAACAACCAUUCAGUUUUGAAAAAUGUAUGCAUGACAACAAACUUAAUGUAAUGUUAUGUCCAUGGCAUUUGGGUUAUGAAGCAUGCAACUGGUUGUUCAGUAGCAUACAGAGAGUGACAUUUUAUUGUAAAAACAGAUUAAUAUUUGAGCUCAGUGUGAAGAAAAAUGACAGUUCCUAAAGUUUUAUUCCACUUUGUGAAAUAUCAGGUCUGCUGAUCUGUAAACCAAGUGAUUAAGAAAAUGACAGAGGUUUUAUAUUGAUCUUCUUAGAUAUGUAAAUGUGCUAUGUAUGGAUGACAUCUAAGGUAACCCUACCUGUAAUUGUCAAGUCUGACACACUGUUAUUACAAUCACAAAUUCGUGGAACGAUUGCCCUGAAACAUGAACAAUAAGGUCACAAUGAUGUUAGUGCUGUGGAUCAUAUGUGUAUUAUAUACGAACUAGCUAUGUUAUAGCUAUAUUCUAUCCCCAAAUGUCUUCACCUAAAGAUUGUCUUAUUAAUUCCUAUCUUUUAGGAAAAUAAGCUAUUUUGUAUUUGGUAAUAUUGUCAACAUGGAGAUAUCAUAAUUUAUAUAAUAUGAUAUGUGACUUGUGCCGUCCAUUUUACUUGAAAGUCUGUCCAUAAUUUCACAACAUUUUGUUCAUGUACUGAAUAAAAUUGUUAUAUAGA